AUCAAAAGUAAAAUAUUAAAAAUGGAAAGAUCGAAUAGUUUUGAAGAUUUAGAAGUUUGAGAUGAAGGAAAUAUAGCUCCUAUCUCCAUUCAUGUGCCAGAGAUGAAGACUGCCAUCAAAAGAUCUAUGGUUAAGUGCAUGACAUGCGAGAGAAAAUAUCAGGCCUUCUCGAGAUCUCUUAUUUGACCAGAAUGAAAAACUAGUACAAACAAAGAAGUCACAGAAGAGGAAAAGAAGGUAGAAGACAGACCUUAUGAGCUAAAUCGGAUCGGAGGUUAUAUACCAUUAAGAUUCGCUCUAGUUUCUCCAGAAUCACGCAUCAACAGAUUAGAACUGCUUAGCGACUCUAGUAGUGGCUCUAGUGAUCUCUCUAGUAGUAGCUCGAGGAGUGAUUUUAGUGAUGACAGACUAGAUUCUGAGGGAUUUCGGAUGCUUAGAUCAAGGAUUUUACAAGAUCCGAAUGCUAGGCAAGGAGGAAGGAGAGGUGAUGUCUCUAGUUCUAUUGAAAGGGUCUCUGUUGUGAGUUUUAGAAGGAGUACUUUUAUGAUGAGAAAUAAUGAUCCGAUGAGGUUCUUUACACCUGACUUGAGGGGUUGGAAUUUUCAAAAACCUGUGAAUAAAGAUACCAUAGAUAACUUAAAAUCUGUACAAAUAACCGAUGAACAUUUAACACUAAAUCCUAAAACUAGACAAAAAGAAUCUCCUUGCUGCUGUGUCUGCACGGAUGAAAUGCAAAUAGAAGCAACUAUCCUCCCUUGCAAGCACUUAUUCCACACUGAAUGAAUCAAAGAAUGGUUCAAAAGACACAACACAUGUCCGAUCUGCCGAUCCAAGCUCACCUAACCCUCUAAUCUCCCAUCUAACCCCCUUUAUUCUAAAUUUCAAC